GGUGCGCUAGCCACUACGCUCCGUACGCUGCAAGCUUAGUCCAAAAGAAGAGUGUCUAGGAAGCAAGCAAGAACCCUAGAAAGCUUCCCAUCGGCGCUGCAACGAACAUCCCCUCUCGUUCAAAUAGCAUCAUGGAGGAGGGUAGCAAUGAGGCACUUUGGUCAUUAGCAAAACUAAAUGAUUUCAGGAGCAGCAGCAUGUUCAACUUGCCAAAUCAAACAAGACUAGCACCAGAUCAAUUUGUAGGAAGUGGAACAUGUCCUUUUUCUCAGAUUUUUCUCUCUUCAGAGGUGCAUUGUAUGCAGAUAUAUUCAAAUCAUGCUAACCAACUUUAUGAUCCAAGCCCAAGGCCACUUUAUGUCGUUCCCCCUGUGGAUGUUCCAAAAGGUGAUGUUUUGCCCAUUUCUAGAAUGGAUGCUGCUAAAACAUACUAUAGCUUUGGAUCAUGCAACACCCUUUGUCAUUCAAAAUUCUCCACAAAUCCUCCUCUGAAUCAACUGGGAAACUCAUCCAUCAGUGGAAUCAGUUCUUCAGCAGUCAACUGGCCCUCUCCCAUCAUCAGCAAUAUGGAUGGUGAAUCUGCAAGUAACUUUGAUAAAACAUUGUCUCUUGUUCAAAAUGCUGAGGCCAGCAUGAGUGCCAUAGUUCCUCUGAGUAAGGCUUCAACAGAAGAGGACUCUGGUGGAGGAGAGAAUGCCAUUGAGACUCAUUCUAAGGAAAAGGCUCACUCAACAGAAGCUAGAGCUAGAGCUGCUACAAAUAGCAGGCUCCGCAAAGCCAGGAUUGCUGAAGGAAUUAAAGCAUUGCAAGAUAGCCUGCCUUUCUCUGACCAGGAUACGAAUGAAACCGUGUUGGAUGACGUGAUUGACUAUAUAAAGUUUUUGAAGCUUCAGCUUAAGGUGCUGAGCCAGAACAAGUUAAAUGGGGAAGCUGAAAAGUACCCUUUUGUUUAUGUUGAGGGCUACGGACACUACUUGCUCCAUGAGAACUUAUCUGGUGAACCACUUGAAGAAAUGAUGGGGCAUCUGAUUGAGUCGAACAUGCCGGCAUCACUAGAUCUUCUCGGAAGCAAGGGUCUAGUUGUCUUGCCCACUGUUCUGGCAAACUCCCUUCCUCAGAUGGAUUAGAAGCCAGGGAACACCACAUCGAGUUACAAUGACACUCUUGAGCAUACAAAAUUUUGAUGGCUCUAAAGUUUGUACUAGUUAAACUACAAUGGAAGCGUAACUUCCAAAUUGUGAGGGAGACUAUACACAUGCAUGGAGUGUUUGAUAAUUAGGGGUGUUAAAUUUAGAGGUUUAAGCGAUGUUUUAUGCCUGUGACCAUGAAAUGUUGGUACAUCUCUUCUUCUAGCAUCUGACGAUAUACGUUUUUCAUUA